UGAUAUUUGUUCGCGAUGUAUUCUCGACAUUGAAUUUUAAUUAAGGAAUCCAAUUAUCAAACACAAUAGAAACGUCGUGUUCGUUAUUAAUUCAUUCAAUCACCGCAUUUCUUCGACAAUAAAUUAUACUACUAAAACACAACUUCUGUUGGCGUAAAACCGAACAAACAUCAAAAUUUGCCACCUAUCUUAUUUACGACCAGUAACGCAAUAGUGUAAAUUAAAGAUAUUCACUAUUCGAUAUAAAAGCUGCAAUUAUGGGCAUAAAGGAGUUUUACGACGGAUGUGAUAUCUUCAUAACAGGUGGCACCGGAUUCAUGGGCAAAGUUUUGAUCGAAAAACUACUGCGAUCGUGCCCGGGCAUCAGAAACAUAUAUGUUUUAAUGAGACAAUCCAAAGACAAAUGUAUAACUGAAAGAGUCAAAGACAUAUUGGCGUUACCGCUGUUCGACAAGAUAAGAACGGAACAUCCGGGUGUCGCGGAAAGCAAAAUAAUUCCCGUGUCCGGCGAUUUGAGCGAAAUCCGGCUGGGGAUGAGUGAUGACGAUUACAACAUGUUGGUCCGCAACGUGUCCGUCGUUUUUCACGUGGCCGCGACGGUUCGGUUUGACGAGCCUAUUCGAGAUGCGAUCAUCAAAAACGUGAGAGGAACUCGGGAAGUCGUGGGAUUGGCCGCACAAAUGAAAAACCUCAGGGUGUUUCUACACGUGUCAACGACCUACUGCAAUUGUAACAGAAUUUACGUGGACGAGAAAGUGUACGAAUCGCCGAUCAGUUGGCAGGACGCAAUUUUAAUCGCAGAAAAUUUAAAUCCAAAGUUAUCUGAAACGUUAACGACAAAAUUGUUGGGAUUGUUUCCGAACACGUACACGUUUACGAAACUAUUGGCCGAGCAAAUAGUCAACGAGAGAUCGGCCAGGUCGACUCUAGACGACAGCAAUAAUAUGCCAAUGGUCAUAUUCAGACCGUCGAUAGUAAUAUCGACGAUCUCCGAGCCCCUGCUCGGGUGGAUAGAUAACUUUAAUGGACCGGUCGGCCUCAUGUUGGCGUGUGGUAAGGGAUUAACGCUGGUCACGCUGGCUCAUAAAGAUUCCACUCCGGACUUUAUGGCCGUCGACGUCUCGAUUAAGGCGAUGAUCGUGGCCGCUUAUCACCGUGGGACACACAACUCGUCAUCGGACAACCCACUGACGGUGUACAACUGCUCGUCGGUGAAGAAGUCAAUUACCAACAGUAAACUUAUGCAAUUCGCGGUGAAGUAUUUUAUGCUGCACCCGUUCGAUGAGAUUCUGUGGAGGCCGAGAAUUUUGAUCACGGGUUCCAAGCGGCUCUUCCACUACCUCACGAUUAUCCAGCAAGUCUUGCCGGCUAUGCUCAUCGAUUUCGUACUGAAGACUACCGGACAACCGCAACCAAUUAGCUUGGUAAAAUUGCAACGAAAAAUAUACAUAGCGACAAUGGCGUUGUCGACUUUCACUUUGCAGACUUGGACGUUCAAGAAUACAAAUUUCUUAGAUCUGCUCACGCACAUCCCGGACGAUGAAAAAGACGAUUUUGAUUUCAGAUUCGACGAUCUCAAUGUAGAAGAUGCGUUUAUAACUUGCCUUACUGGAGCUCAAAAAUAUUUGUUCAAUACCAAUCCCAACAAAAUAAAGCAAGCGAAGAAGAAAUUGAAAAAAUUGGUUUGGAUCGAUCGACUUUUGAUAACACUGUUUUUUGUUGUCAUUGCUUACUGCUUCUAUUCAAUCAUAUUAUCCUUGAGUUUUUGAAUAUUAAAAUAUUCGGCACGACUUUUAAAUUAUACUUUUAUGUCAUAAUAAUAUUGUCAUGAAUCAAACAUAUUUUAACAGACCAUCUCAAACAUGAAAAUUCAAUAAAGGAAUACAAUUAUUUACCAGAACACCUCUUCGAACUUCUAAGACUACAAACAGAGAUUAACAAUAAAAUAAUAUAUUUUUUUUAAAAAUCAGAUGUUUUAUAUAAACUAAUUUCGUAAUAUAAA